CACGACUGGACGUGUUUGAAAGUUGGUGGUCAACUAUCGAAUAUGGCUGCAGGACGUCACGACAGUUAGUAGUAUAAAACUCAGCAAAGGAGACAUUAGCAGUAUAUGAUGGUUGAUCCUAGCAAGUGAGCUAUUUGUAUUUCUUUCAUCGCAGUACAGCAUUUUUACCUAACCUCAAUCUUUAAAAGUACAACACAGGUAUUAGUUUGGUGGUUUUGAGACACAAAACGCAGCAAUUAUGCUGUAUCUUCCCAGGGACUUAAAUUAGAAUUAAUCACCAGUUUUUUGCAUAGAAUAACACAUACCCAACCUACGUAAAGCUGGAUUCAUUAUUGAUUGGCCAUUAUAGCAGCGUGUGGGGCUGUUUGUUGAUGUUGAUUGAAGUAGAUUGAUUUUUCUUUGCAGCUUCUGCCCAUAGUUUUCCAUAAUGUUCAGUCUCAGACCCGUGCGCAAGGGGAGGGUUUUGGAGAGUUUUUUUCUUUUAAAAAUUUAUUAACUUUCUGUUCAGGAAAAAAAUACUGCAAACCGUUUUGACACAUAAAAUAUCAUUUGAGUUCAGUCACUCUAGAAGCAAGUCGAUGAAGAAACCAAGCAAGAAGCUGAAGAAACUCGGGAUUCGUAGUCUAGAGAAAUCUCACCGCCGAUUAUCAGUUGCUAACAGCUAAAAUGAUCGCUAAAAUGGACAUCGGUAUCGGGUGAAAUACCGCCGCCGAGAAAGUCUCAACACCUAGCUAGCAGAUAAAUAAGAACGAGUAGCGCCAAUAAGGAUAAGAAAACCUGUGAAGGUGACGAUAUUUGCAGCAGACCUGAGCAGGUCAGAUAUACGGCGAAGGUUGGACAGCAAGCAAGGAAAAGCAGCUAUGGAUAAACACAUGAACGAUUCACACAAAACAAAAAGAGCAAGAGCACAAUCCCUACUGAAGUGGCAUCUGACGGUUGCCUUGGAUGGAUGAAGAUCGCGAGAUACAAGAGGUUUAGGUUAAGUCGGUACUACUACAAAGCAGCAGGCGGCGAUGUCUGUUGAUUCCUUCUUGCUAACAAAAAUUUACACAAUCCGUUGAGCUGAGUCGAUUGGUACACAAGACUCGGCCCUCGAGGCCUCGUUUGAAGGUUUCUAUACCCUAUCUUGUUUCUAUAUAGUAGAAUGGGUCAAAUAGGUAUGGGGGUUCACUAGGUAUAGGGCAUUAUCUUUGCUAUGUUAUUGCAGAUGUCACUCGCAUGUUUCGUAAAUUAGAUACACGGUAGAGAACAUCGUUGACGACUGUCAUUUCGGCUGUUACCAUGGAUCAGCUGUAUUACUUACGGCGUUGCUUAUGUUUUCGCGUGUUGUUCUGCGAAAACGCAUUGUCUUUCGUUCUCAGUACAGCACAUUAAAACAAUGAGAAAAAAAAAAUGUCAAAUGAGUUUUUUCUUACUUAAAAAUUAAUGCCGAACACGAGUUUUGUGUUGGUUUUUCGAUAUUAUUGAAGCAUACGUUUGGGGGCACGAUAGAUCAGUCGCUUGUAUGUCACUACUAUUAUGUAAAUUUGAAUUAUUUUGACAGGGAAAUUGUGCGUAAUUACGCACGAAAAACGCCAAAAUGAAGUGAAGAGGACAUAAAGAACACAAUUGCAUGUGUUCAAGAUAGCCCCAGCAUUCGAACAGCCUCUAGACAAUUCAAGGUUCCGUUCGAAAUAAUUGAGUGCUCGUGCGAAAGGAAAGUGAAAGCGCGUCAGAUAUUUCGCGUGAGGUAACAAUAUUUUAAUUUGAGGUGUUGUUCAAGUAGACAAUUGAAAAUACAUGAUCAAAAAAGAGAAGGAAAGGGAAUAAUAAAAAGGUCCGAAGCGCAAACGUGAUCGUCGCAGGUUUAAGCAACCACGUGAGCCGAAAUGCACAACUUCAAGUCCACACUCUGGCGACGACGAGAGCACCGAAGAAGUCAUUCGCAAGUACAAAGGCAGCCGCAGUUGCUGAAAAAACAAACUUUUUCAACAUUUCCUUCCAUGGCUUCAUGAUUGUUCACAUCAUUUGCCACUUCCUCAUUUUCUUACCAGAAUGACGUCAAUGGAUUGCAUUUAUUAUUUAAAUGGCUGGCGUCCAAACGGAGCUAACCCACAUUUUUCCGAAUUCGACAUUUUUGCAUGUUUUAAUAGUGUAAUCUAUGUGUACUGCUAUGUGUAUGUGUACAUUUGUGUAUGUGUACAUUUGGGAAAUUAAUUUUUUUUAGAUUUUUUGCUAUUAGCACUUAAAGUUGAUCAUGAAGGUAACCUCAGUACUAGCUGGCGUCCAAUAGGGGCUAAUCCACAAUUUGUCUUAUGGAAAUUCGAGUUUUCUCGUUCGUUUUCCGAGGUUUUAAUAAAAAGUAGUCAAUCUAUUCGCGGCGCUUUUAUCAACUUUUUAAUAAUGCUACAUGGAAAGGUGGUGUCUUCGGGAAAGUUGUAGGUCCUAUUAUUUUAAAUAUAUCUUCAGGAGAUGGAAACUAUAUAGGUCCUGUGUUUUUCGAGACAGAGCAUGUUUUGGUUAAAAAUUUAGCUAUUUCCAAAAAUGCGCUUUGUCGGACCUACAAAGUUAGUAUCUUCAGAAGAUAUACUUCUAAUUAUCUGACAUAUAACUUUGUCGUAGACACCAUCUUUCUAUCUCGCUCCAUUAAAAAGCGCCGCCCUAGCGACUGAAUUCCAAACUAAUAUGAAAUGAUCAAAUAAAGCGCUAGACGUUAUUCCAAAACUUUGCCAAAGACACCAUAGCUCUAAAACGAAAGAUAAAGAAAGGACGUGUGAAUGGACGAGAUUUUUACCAUUCGUCAAAUCCUGAAUAAAUUUCGCGAAUGCAACAUGCAGGCACACCAUCUGAUUGUGGAUUUCAAGACAGCGUACGAUCCAGUGAACCGAAACGAACUGUGCCACAUAAUGCUCGAACAUGGCUUUCCGACGAAACUGACUAAGCUGAUUCGUAUGAUACUGGAUAGGUCAAAAUUAAGCAUUAGAAUGUCCGGAGAAAUAACUAACUCGUUUGUGGUGUUAGAUGGAUUGAAGGAGAGUGAUAUACUUUCUAACGUGUUGUUCAUCAUAGUGCUUGAAGGUGCGAUACGAAGAUAUGGUAUGCAGAUAAACAGCACUAUCGUAACAAGAUCUCGUAUGUUUCUUGGAUGCGCGGACGCCAUCGAUAUUUUCGGCGUUGAUUAUAGAGCAGUGGAAGAGUUAUAAAAUUUCACUACACAAGUUAAAAAUAUUGAUCGUGCGGCAAUCGUGAUAGAAUUAAAACGACUUAUUAGAAUUGUCGAUCAAACCACAAUGGUUCUACAAAUUAAUCCACAGUUAUGCACAGUAAGGCUGACUGUGUGUAUUGAUUUAGCUAGUGUGUAGUUUUUGUGCUAGAAUUUUAGUUGUAUCAAAUUUAUAUAACAGUAUGACAAAUAGCAAUCUUGAAAAUUCCUUUUGAAAUUUAGAAUAUUUUGGACUGUUUGCGUCGUGUGUUCCUGGUUCGGUUCCGCUCUGCUCAUCAAUGCCUCGUUGGAAGCCUUCCGAACCAGUGCCAUCUCGUUCGUGGUCGAAACGAACUACCGAGACUGGAACACCAAAUUUCCUUCGAUUGUAGUCUGCGAGAUGCGUAACAUGGAACGGAUUCAGAUGGUAGCAGAUGAGUUGUGGGGUGAAGAUCACGAUUUUGCAAUGGAGGAGAUACUGAACGAGAUUGGUUACUUUCGGGGAGAAUCGUAUCACACGGUGAGCGAAUGCACCGAAGACGAGCAUCCGGAGAACUGCUUCAGCAGCAACUUUUCCGACUAUGCUCGGUUAGUUCGUAGCCCUUGUGAGGAAACAUUGGAUGAAUGUUUUUGGAAUGGUCAACGGUUUGAUUGUUGCAAAUAUUUUCAACCAAUGGAAACGGAGAUUGGCGUGUGCUAUGCGGUGAAUUCGAUACAAACCAGUGCCGACGAACCUCUGAAGAUUGAUAUGGUGUCGAACAAGACGACAGGUCUAGGUCGGUUGAGGAUAACGGUUUUAACCGAAGCGUACGUGUUCACGCUGGGUGAGGAGGAUGUUCCCAAUUUGAUUACUCCAAAGUCGGAGGUUUUGGUUAUUGACUAUUACAUAGCUUACAAGCGUCAAAUAUCAAUUAAAUACAUUGAAAACGAUCCUGAAACCAAGCAGGUCAGUGUGGAACAGCGAAAAUGCCGUUAUCCGGAUGAAAACAACUUGGAUGUCCACGCCUACUAUAGCUACAGUGCCUGCUCGGUGCAAUGUCGAAAGGACAAGCAGCUGAAGACUUGCAAUUGUACCAGCCAUCUGAUGCCGAACACUGACCCCGCACUAAAGUGCAACAUGACCGGUCUGGUCUGUCUGAACGCGCACUACGAGGACCUGACGGUGGUAAUUCCACCUUGGUCCACCGGGAAGGGCGUCGUCUGUGACUGUUUGCCCUCCUGCUCCGAAGUGGACAUCACGGUGGUGCACGAUUCGCGCGAAAGUCUGUACACCUCGGAAAAGCGUUUCUCCACCAUCGAUAUCGAUCUGUCCGCACUGCCGACGGAGCGCUACAAGCGGAACGUGGUUCGUGGACGGCUCGAUCUGGUAGUCUCCGUAGGAGGUACCACCGGUUUGUUCGUGGGCGCGAGUUUACUUUCAUUUGUCGAGAUAGUUUAUUACUUUACGAUUCGUCCCUAUGGAACGGCCAUCGCAAGGAAAAAUCACUUACAAGCUCCGAAAGAGAAUCAGUAAUAGAUCUAAAGGUACUUACUGCAUCUGCAUCUCACCUUGGCUGACUGCUGCGGCGGACAAAGUCCACGGUAGCAGGGCGAUUUUUCAUCUUACGGUUAUUACAUAUAUGAGCAUUGUAAUUGAUGGGCGUUUGAAUGGGUAAUAAGAAAAUAUGUAGUACUUUACUUUUUCCGCACGUGGGCUGCAGGUAGGCAUUUCAACAGUGACGUUCAAAAAAUGUAGAAUAGAAUAGAGGGCUAGUAUUUUAUGUAGGCACCUUAUAGCUCUGAUGUCUUUUUGAAGUUCUAUAAACAUUGUGUUCUUUGCUCGGUUUAGCAGAAAUGUGUAGCAGUAGGACAUAUGAAAUGGUCGGUCUUAAGUCAGACCGGACUAAGUGACAAAAUAUUGAUUUCGAGAAAAACGAGUUUAAAGUUUGAAUCGCAGCAUCUUCUACGUUAUAAUUGGAAAUAUUUUUUGUCAAUUCUUGUUUAUGGCUACAUUUUUCAAAUCUGGUAAAAGUCGAAUGAAGCUGAAGCAAUUCUUUAUCCAGUGUAAUCAUUAUUUCAUUUUUUGAUGUUUUGCGACUUAGUCCGGUCUGACUUAACACCGAGCAAAUGAUAUGAAGUCCCGUAAUCGAAUUCACAUAGAUCACACGAAUAAUACUCAGCACGCUUAAAAGUAACCACAUGAUAAUUGUGUUUGCAAAGUCCAGUUAGUGCCUUGACUAGAAUACUGUAUCCAGCAGAAAAGUUUUAGCUUGAAUAAGAAAUGACUAAAACAUUAAAGAUCUGGGGAUAUAGGUCCGUGAAGAAGGCUUCUUUUUUGUAAUUUGCCAUCGAGUGUACAGUAAAAAUUAUUUGGAAUAAACACGCAUUGUUGAG